CACCCGCGGAUGAAGUGGUGCGAGCGCGAGGAUAAGGUGUACCUCACGAUCGAACUCCCGGACGCGAAGGACGCGGAGGUGACGAUCGAGGCGCGGGAGUUUACGUUUCGCGCGACGGCGGCCGGCGCGACGUACGAGGAACGCAUCGCGCUGUUCGCGGACGUGUCGAAGGAGAAGUCGACGUACGCGGUGACGGAGCGACAGGUGUUUUGCGUGCUGAUCAAGGAGGAGGCGAAGUGGUGGGAGCGGUUGCUGCGAGAGGGGGAGAAGAAACCGGCGAAUCUGCACGUCGAUUUCGAUCGCUGGGCGGACGAGGACGACGACGCGGGAGACAUCGAUACGAGCGGAUUCGACAUGCAGAGCAUGAUGGGCGGCGGUGGU